AUGGACCGGCAUCUAUCACUAGUGACUUCAACUAGUUCACGAAGUACCGGCCGCAUUAGUCAUCAGACUCCCUACGCAGCCACAAAACGCGGUUCCCCGACUGCAUCCAUCGGCCAAGUCAGCGAGCAGUUCGACGACGGGGUCAAUAUCAACUGUGGGCUGCGGGUUAUUCUUAGCCAGGCACCAUCUACACCAUCUUCUCUGGACUACCACCGACCAUCCAUAUGGCAUAGAGCAAUGCCAGGACUACCAUCCAGCAUCGAUUUGGAUGAGUGUAUUGAACGACUGUACCGGAAGGAAUUAUUAGCAGAGUCGGUUAUUGAGGCAAUAUGCGCCAAAGCGAAAGAACUGCUCAUGAAGGAGAGCAAUGUCGUCCACAUCGCCGCGCCCGUUACUGUCGUAGGAGAUAUCCACGGCCAAUUUUACGAUAUGAUUGAGAUCUUCAAAAUUGGCGGCUUUUGUCCGAAUACAAAUUAUCUAUUUCUCGGCGACUACGUCGACCGCGGCCUUUUCAGCGUGGAAACAAUCUCGCUCCUUGUCUGCCUUAAACUCCGCUACCCGGCCCGAGUCCACCUCAUCCGCGGAAACCACGAAUCCCGUGGCGUCACCCAGUCCUACGGCUUCUACACCGAGUGCGCCCGCAAAUACGGCAAUGCCAACGUCUGGCACUACUUCACGGACAUGUUCGACUUCCUCACCCUCAGUGUCGUCAUCAACAAUCAGAUCUUCUGCGUGCACGGCGGCCUAUCACCGUCCAUCCACUCCAUCGACCAGAUCAAAAUCAUCGACCGGUUCCGCGAGAUUCCACACGAGGGGCCCAUGGCGGAUCUCGUCUGGUCCGACCCCGAUAUGGAGCGGGAUGAGUUUUCCCUUUCGCCCCGGGGUGCGGGGUACACCUUUGGCGCUCAGGUGGUGAAGAAGUUCCUCGAGGUGAACAAUAUGAAUCAUAUCCUCCGUGCGCAUCAGUUGUGUCAGGAAGGGUAUCAGGUACUCUACGACGAUCGGCUAAGUACUGUGUGGAGCGCGCCGAACUAUUGCUACCGCUGUGGGAACCUGGCGAGUGUGCUUGAGGUCAGCGAUACUGGGGAACGGUAUUUCAACAUCUUCGAUGCAGCGCCUGAGAAUAACGAUGUACACCGUGCCGAGCAGCAGGCGCAGCAGCAGAAUAAAGAUGGGCAUAACCCUGUAACUGAAUAUUUCCUAUGAUACCCUAGGUGUAUUUGCAUUACCUUUCGAUUUAUUUUUUUAUGUUUAUAUCAUUCAAAUGUUUCUUUUUCUGUUUUCUGUUUCUUUUUCUUUUUCGUUUUUUCUUUUCCGUUUUUCCACUUCGCUAUAAAUAAAACAGUCCGUGCAAAUUUCCAAGCAUAAGUUGGGCGUUUUGGUUUAUACCUAUUAUAGAAAGAGCUGGGCCUGCUCGCGGGGGGGAGAAAGCAAAGAGGUAAAACACGAGAAAACAUGAAAUCACCACAUCGGAUGGUGCCACUCAUUUUGACGGGCGCCGGGAAAGCAAAAUCCAGAGAUUCUCUUAUUAUCAUCGCCAACGGGCGGCACAUUUAUUUUAUCACUGAUCUCCUGGCUUGGGUGCUACCCAGCAAAGCGAGGAAACCAUAUACCAAAUAAUGUUAAAAGGAUAUUUGUUCCUGGAUCUCUGAGCAAAAAAGAGGAAAG